AUGGAUAGAAUCAGCAAUAUUUGCUCUUAAGUUAAGGCUAACGAAGUCUCCCUCACCACUAAGUCCCCUGAUGAUGUCGUUAUCUGCGCCGCCGUCAGAACCCCCUUAACCAAGGCCAACAGAGGUUUAAUGAAGGACACUGCUCCCGAACUUAUGCUCAAGCCCGUCUUCACUGAAUUAAUCAAGAGAGGUAAGAUUGAACACAAGGAUGUCCAAGAUAUCACCGUUGGUAACGUCUUACAAAUCGGUGCUGGUCUCUUCCAAGGAAGAAUGUCUGCUUACUUAGCUGGUUUCCCUGAUACCACCUGCGUCGUCUCCAUCAACAGAUUGUGCUCUUCUGGUCUUGAAGCUUGUGCUACUAUUGCUUCCAAGAUCAAGAUGGGUGUCAUUGACAUCGGUAUUGGUGCUGGUGUUGAAAAUAUGUCCAUGUAUGACAUGAACAAGUCUGUUGACCCUGAAAAGCUCUCAGACGCCGUCUUCGAACACGAUAAGGCCAGAAACUGCAUUAUUCCCAUGGGUGUCACUUCUGAAAACGUUGCUGAAGCAUACAACAUUUCCAGAGAAAUCCAAGACAGAUUCGCAGUUGAAUCCCACAGAAAGGCUGCCCUCGCCCAAGAAUAAGGUCUCUUCAACGAAGAAAUCGUCCCCGUCCACACUAUUGUCAAGGAUAAGGAAGGUAACGAAAAGGAAGUCACCGUCACCAAGGACGAUGGUAUCAGAAAGGAAACCACCUUCGAAGGUCUUUCCAAGCUCAAGCCUGCCUUCAAGCCAACUGGUGGUUCUACCACUGCUGGUAACGCCUCUUAGGUCACUGAAGGUGCUGCUGGUGUCUUAUUAGCCAGAAGAUCUGUUGCUGAAAAGCUCGGCAUGCCCAUCCUUGCCAAGUUCGCCUCAUACGCUGUUGCUGGUGUCCCCCCUGAGGUUAUGGGUAUUGGUCCCGCUUUCGCUAUCCCUGAAGCUUUAAAGAAGGCUAACAUCACCGUCAACGAUGUUGAUGUCUAUGAAAUUAACGAAGCCUUCGCUUCUCAAGCUUACUACUCCAUCACUAAGUUAGGUAUUGAUGCUAAGAAGGUCAAUCCUAAGGGUGGUGCUAUUGCCUUAGGUCACCCCUUGGGUUGCACUGGUGCUCGUUAAAUUGCCACCUUAAUCCCUGAAUUAAAGAGAUAAAAGGCUAAGAUUGGUGUCACCUCUAUGUGCAUUGGUACUGGUAUGGGUGCUGCCUCCGUCAUUGUCAACGAAUAACUCUGA